AUGCUUGCUGCUGGAGAUGUGAUGGCGAGCCACGAGGUUCCUGUCAUUGUGGGGCUUAUGAUCCAGGUGGAUGUGUUUCAUGAAGACCUCUGUACCAAGAGAGAGAACCUGCUCAGGAGCUAUUUCCCCAAGACGAUUUCUGAGCUGGAUGCAUUUUUAAAGGAGCCUGCUCUCAAUGAAGGCAACCUGAGCAAUCUGAAGGCCCCAUUGGACAUCCCAGUGCCUGAUCCAGUCAAGGAGAAAGAGAAGGAGGAGCAGAAGACACCGCAGGAAAAGGAUGACAAGAAGAAAGAGGAAGCUGAUGACAAAGGUCCUCCUUGUGGUCCGAUGAACUGCAAUGAACAGAUCACGGUCCUUCUGCAGUGCUUGAAGCCUAAGAUCAAGGAUGAAGACAAAGGUCCUCCUGUGGUCUGA